AGGCUGUUGUGAAUCGGAGGCCAGCGGCCCCACAAAGCCAGGCGGGGGAGCCCCUCUCUCAGCUACACACCACAGCAUCACCGCCUCGCCUCGCUGAGAAGGACAGAGAGGAGAGAAAUGCAAAGGGAUGUAAGAUGGCAGAGCUACAAAUGCUAUUAGAGGAGGAAAUCCCUGCCGGUAAAAGAGCUCUCGUGGAAAGCUACCAGAACCUGUCCCGGGUUGCGGAAUACUGUGAAAACAAUUAUGUUCAGGCUCAAGACAAGAAGAAGGCCCUGGAGGAGACCAAGGCCUACACCACCCAGUCUCUGGCCAGCGUGGCCUACCAGAUCAAUGCCUUAGCUAACAAUGUGCUGCAGCUGCUGGACAUCCAGGCCUCGCAACUACGACGCAUGGAGUCCUCCAUCAACCACAUCUCCCAGACAGUGGAUAUCCACAAGGAGAAGGUGGCGCGUCGAGAGAUCGGCAUCCUGACCACAAAUAAGAACACAGCUCGCACCCACAAGAUCAUCGCUCCGGGCAACAUGGAGCGGCCGGUGCGCUACAUUCGAAAGCCCAUCGACUACACGCUGCUGGAUGAUGUGGGACACGGUGUCAAAUGGCUUAAGGCCAAGCAACAUGGGAACAAUGCAGCGGGACGAGGAGGGACGCUCUCCAGGACCACCCCUCCCACACAGAAGCCCCCCAGUCCUCCCAUGGCUGGUCGUGGCACUCUGGGGCGUAACACUCCCUACAAGACCCUGGAGCCGGUGAAGCCUCCAGUGGUGCCCAACGACUACAUGACGAGCCCGGCCCGACUGGGCAGCCAGCACAGCCCUGCACGCACAGCCUCUCUCAACCAGAGGCCCCGGACACACAGUGGCAGCAGUGGUGGUAGUGGCGGCAGGGAGAACAGUGGAGGUAGUGGAGUUGGUAUCCCUCUAGCAGUUCCCACCCCUUCUCCCCCCAGUUUGGGGCAAGUGGCGACAUCCUCGGCCUCAGUGCCUCAGGGCCCUGGCUUGGGCCCCAUACCCAUGUCGCAGUUCGGCACCAUCUCCCGUCAGAUCUCCCGCCACAACUCCUCCACCACCUCCUCGGCCUCCAUGGUGUCGGCCACCGGCACCUACCGCCGCGCACCCUCCGUCUCCUCCCAGCAGCCUCACAUCAACGGGGGCCCUGCCUACCCACAGAACUCCGUGUCUGUGGCUCCUCCACCUCCUCCUCCAAUGGUCCAGCUGACCCCACAGAUCCCUCUGACCGGCUUUGUGGCCAGAAUGCAGGAGAGCAUAACAGACAGCCCCGCCCCGCCUCCUCCGCCUCCCCCAGAGGACUUGGGUGUGUUUGAGGAGCCCUCCCCCCCUCCUCCUCCCCCACCUGUGGACUAUGAGGAAGAGGAGGCUGCAGUGGUGCAUUACAGCGACCCCUACGCUGACGGAGACCCCCAGUGGGCCCCCAAGGUUUAUUUAGAGAAAGUUGUGGCCAUCUAUGACUACAGCAAGGACAAGGAGGACGAGCUGUCCUUCAUGGAGGGAGCCAUCAUCUACAUCAUCAAGAAGAACGAUGACGGCUGGUUCGAAGGCGUCUGUAACGGCGUCACCGGACUCUUCCCAGGAAACUACGUGGAGUCAAUCAUGCACUAUGCUGACUAAAACUAAAAACAAAAAACACCCAGAAUGGCACAGAAUGCAGUUGUGAACAGAGGUAAAACCACGAACAUGUACAGAUGUGUGCCGUUCAAACAGCUCCCUCACAUUUUUGAAUGAAGUGCCAUGGUGGAUCUACAAAUGGUUUUUCUUUUAGAGGGGCUUGUGGUUGCACGGUUUUUGUUAUGCUCCAGAGAGAAAAAAAAAAAAAAAAAUGUCACACAAAGAAGGAGGGUGCUGAGGCUUUGGACCGGGGUCUGUUAGUUUACACUGUGGACGAAAGGGAGGAGAUAAUAAAGGCCUUUUUAUGCUACUACUCUUACAUCCGUAGCACUUAUCAAACUUUAACACACAUUUUGCCUCACAAGAAAUCGCAGAAUAAUGUCAAAGAAUGCAAAAGUUAUUCUAGGUUUAGUGUUUAGUGUCCAGUAUUUACAGUAUGCAAUAGAUCCAGACGGUGAAGUAUUACUUUCAUGAGGCAGCGUAGCGGAUAAAAAGCUGCGCGGAUGCUCCGACACCUUUAUUUGCACUGUAGACCAGCAGACCAACCCUUUCAAAAAACGUACCUUUUUAAAAAACAAAACAAAAAAACAACCCGAAAAGGACAAACAGACAUCAACAAGUGCAUUAGGACACGACUGAAUGUUCAAUGCCGUCGAUGUCCGAAUCACGAGAUAUUUAAGAGGGAACAAAAGCAACCUCGAGUUGUGUAUUUACUAUGCUCUGUGUCGGUGGGGAUGCUGUUAUUAAAAAAAAGGGUGAACUGAGUGUAUAGAAUGCAUUACAACAACAACAACAACAACAAAAAAAGACAACAGUUUCUUCUUUCUGGUGGAGUUUCUUUCUGUUCUCUAACUUGUAUAUAAAGUGUACCGUGAGAAGCUGCCAGUACAGUACAUUUGUCAGUUAAUGUGUUUCACCUGUGACUUUCCAUCAGCGUCAGUGGAGGUGAUGCCAAGAUUGAAAAAAAAAAAAAAAUCUUAUUUGUUUUAUUUUUACUUGAAUGUUAAUUUUAUUCAUCAUUCACAGUGCCAUUUUUAACUUUAUCGUGGCCAUGUAUAAACAUUUAUUUUUCUAUGUUCAGUCGCCACUAUAUCAUUUUUUUUUUAUUUUUAUCAUUGUCACUAUAUUCGGUGAUGCUGUCCAGCUACUGUAGCAGAGCUCUGAGGUUGCUUCAAAGUGUGAAGCAGAAGAAGGACUAACCUGUAUGUUUUCAUGUUGUUUUCCAUUGGUUUUGGAAUAGCUGCACUGAUUAGUAAUCUGUGAUGACUUCAUGAUUUCAUGAUUUUAUUUUAUUUUUUACACAAGAGUUGCUAUCAACUAACCUUUACACUUGUUCUUUCAGUGGUUGCUGGUGCGGUGCUUUACAUUGGUGCUCAAUAACCAUAAUCACCAACCCAAACAACCUCAAACCUAAACUGCUCUACAUCCUGUAGAAACGUAACAAGGGAUUUCUGCUCAUUACUUGGUUCCAGAGGGUAAAAAAAUCCAUCAGAUUUGAUUGUAAUCGUCUUCAAUCAAUUUAGCAUUUUAGUGAAUGUAGACAGCCUAGCAGUAAUGUACUAAAAAAGCUAGAUUAAGUCUAUUUACAGUACGUUUUUGUCGAUUUACACACAGAAACGAAUUUUAAAAAAAGCCUGUGCUACAUAUGAAUGACUCCUGCUAACUGCAGUCCCGAGGUCUUAAAAACAGUGCCGAUAUGUUCCGAUUUCUACUUCUUUUUCAAAAUAAGAUGCCUGCGUUUACAAAGUGAUUGUCGGUGCAAGUAGAACCCGCUGUCAGAUAUAUAUGUCAGAAAAGCUACUGUUCAUGUUAGAAUCUAUGUUUGUAACAAGCCACACAAGCAAACAUAAUCAGAUGUACUUUGGGAAAAAACGGGCAUUCGACACAAGCUUUUAUUUUGAAAUGGAUACAGACUUCCUUAUGUUGCUAGGGGAUUAUUAUCCAGAGGUGACAUUUUCAGGUUUCCACACAGACAAUGACUCAAGUGAACAGUAUUCGUUCAGCAUCUGUGCAUGAAAGUAUCCAAGUGUCAUUACAGUGAAUGAUUUGCCACUACAUCCCAUUCUUGAUUGUAUUUUUUCCAUCAUGAGGUAAUUUUUUGUGAGAGAAACAACUUUUUCUACCUAAUCUAUUUCUAGCUUCAACUUGUUUUUGUGUCUGAGACUGCUGAAGGUUCGCUAGCAGUUUGUAUGUAAAGGAUUAAUUUAUACUUUUUUCAUAGAGAAGUCAUGAGACAACCACUGACGUGCAGAACUUUGUAAUGUUUACCACUUUAACGUCUAGCAUUUCAGGGCAUCACAGGUCAAGGCGCCUUUCUUUGAUGUGUGU